AUGAGAAGAGACCGUUGGGAGAGAAACGAGGGGAACCUGAACCAGGAAGUAUUGGAUGAACUACGAGAUAUGAGAACACUGAUAAACAAUUCGAGAAGAGGCAGUAGAGUGCACCUGGCGGAGGAAAUAGAAGAGGCAGAUAAAUCUCCAUUUACCUAUGAGAUAAUGAACGCCGACAUCCCAGAGAAAUGCGUGCUGCCGACGCUACCGAGCAUAUUUAGUGGGUAUGAAAGUGUUGUGCAACACUUGAAACAGUACACACUGUCGUUGAUGCAAUGGGGGCAAAAUGAUGCGGUACUUUGUCGAUACUUCCCCGCGAGCUUUGCCGGGGAAGCGUUAUCUUGGUUUGAUGGACUACCGGAAAGAUCAAUUUCUUCAUUCAAAGACUUACAAAAGAUAUUUCUGACCACUUAUAUAACAAACAACAUGUUAAGGCCAGGAAUUGAGACUCUCUUUAAUUUGAGAAGGAGACCCACAGAAAGCCUGCGAGGAUUGGUGACGAGGUGGAGAACGGUAUGCAACGAGCUUGCAGGGAGAGUUGACGAGAAAAAUUUCAUCUUAGCUUUCGUGAACGCUUUAAUCCCAACUGAUUUGUUAUACACUCAAAUAUUCAUUAUUCGAAACUCUCUGACGAUGAAUGAAUUGAGAGAGUACCAAGAGGAAUACAUAGCCUUGGAAGAAAAGCAGAGGCAAGUUAGCGAAAUGACAUUGGUUCCAGCAAAAUAA